GGGGGUUCCUCGCACGUUCGCCACUGAGCGCUUCUCGUCUUGUGACUUUCUGGUCAGAUUUUAGGAUCCUUGAAAUCAAGCCCCUGGGUCUGACCUAGAGGGCGGCACCUUCGCGGCCUCAGAGGAUUGGCUCCUUCACCUUGGUCUCGGUGGAACGUUCCGGAAUGUACCACAGGCCAGAGGAGCGACACCUGCACGCUGGCCCAGCAUGGCGGACCCCGCAGAGGUGGGACGCUCCGGAGGCGCCCACAGGAGGCCGCAAGGCGGUGCUGUGGCCCCGCAUCGUCGCCCGCCCCGUGGUUUGCGGUGGGCCGCUACGGAAGGUGCGAACGCGCCGUGAGGGUGUCCUGGCUCCCCGUGGUGGGCCGCGGUGGAACGUUCUGGAAGGUGCCAUUGUGUGCCUGUGUGGAGUGUGUCCUUCCCCCCCCCCCCGUAACAGCUUCCGGUGCGUCACGUCCGGCUCUCUCCCCGCCCACCCGUGUGUGUGUCCCAAAUCUAAACCCUUAGGAGGGCUGUGGGAGGGCUCGCGGCUCUCGCCCUUGACUCUGGACCGCUCUGCCUAAAGCUGCUCGGCCCCGAGGCGGGCGCGGGCUGCAUCUUCCGUGGGCGUGGGCUGAGGCUCUGCAUAAACUCCAGUGGCAGCCCCAGAACUGAACCCCAUCGGGGGCCGGGGGCAUCCCGUCCUGGAGUCAGCCCGGGUUGGCACCGGGCGCGCAGGUGGCGGGCUUCGCCGGGCUGGACGCACAGCCUUUGCUUCCUUACUUUGCUGGAGACCAGCAUGCUGGAGUCAACAUUCAAGCAGACCAGGACUGCUGCCUCUUCCUCCAGCUGUGUCUCUCUGUCUGCGCAGUUGCUUUGAUCCAUGUGGGCCGUCUUUGAGAUUCCCUCCUCGAAAGCGCCCUCAGCAUGUCAGCAGCAGCGAAAUCCCAAGUGCCGGAGGAGGCAGCGCCUGGCUGCGAGGAAGAGCCCAAGGGAAAAACACUUCUCACUUGGGGGUCUCUAUUUGGUCACCGAAGUGAGAAGAUUGUCUUUACCAAAGGUGAUGGCAGCCCAGAGGAGAGCUUGCUCACUGUCACCAUCACAGAGACCACUGUCAUUGAGUCGGAUCUGGGUGUGUGGAGUUCAAGGGCUCUCAUCUACCUCACACUGUGGUUCUUCUUCAGCUUCUGUACACUGUUCCUCAACAAAUACAUCCUGUCCCUGUUAGAGGGAGAGCCCAGCAUGUUAGGUGCUGUGCAGAUGCUGUCAACAACGUUAAUUGGAUGUGUUAAAAUAUUUGUUCCUUGCUGUUUAUAUCAACACAAAACCCGGCUUUCUUACCCACCCAAUUUCAUCAUGACUAUGCUCUUUGUGGGCCUCAUGAGGUUUGCAACGGUGGUUUUGGGGCUGGUCAGCCUCAAGAAUGUGGCAGUGUCCUUUGCUGAGACAGUGAAGAGCUCGGCUCCCAUUUUCACGGUGAUCAUGUCUCGGAUGAUUCUGGGGGAGUACACAGGGCUGCUGGUCAACCUGUCCCUCAUUCCAGUCAUGGGAGGACUAGCGUUGUGCACUGCCACGGAAAUAAGCUUCAACAUCCUGGGGUUUUCAGCUGCGUUAUCCACCAACAUUAUGGAUUGUUUGCAGAAUGUUUUUUCAAAAAAGCUUCUCAGUGGGGACAAAUACCGGUUCUCGGCCCCGGAACUGCAGUUCUACACCAGUGCUGCUGCUGUGGCCUUGCUCAUUCCAGCAUGGACCUUCUUCAUGGAUAUCCCUGUGAUUGGAAGGAGUGGGAAGAGCUUCAGCUACAGCCAGGACAUCGUGCUGUUGCUGCUGACAGAUGGCGCCUUGUUUCACCUUCAGAGUGUCACUGCAUAUGCCCUGAUGGGAAAGAUCUCCCCUGUGACGUUCAGUGUCGCCAGUACUGUGAAGCACGCCUUGUCUAUCUGGCUCAGCAUCAUCGUUUUUGGAAACAAAAUCACUAGCCUGUCUGCCAUUGGCACCAUCCUUGUCACAUUGGGUGUCUUGCUCUACAACAAGGCCAGGCAGUAUCAGCAGGAGACUAUGCAGAGUCUGGUCACAGCCACCAGCCGAAACCCAGAAGAUGACACAGAGCCCCUUGUUCCCCAGGACUCUAGACAGCACCACUGAUCACCUGAUGCUGUGUAGAUCCAGGCCUAGAUGUUCCUUCUGUACUAGAGGGAAAUGAUGCAGGGCAGGUCUCUCGCUCCUUCCUGGAAAUCAGAUGGGGAAUUUGGGACUCAGCUUCUGCCUGGCAGAGCACCACAGGACCAAAUGAUCUACAGCUUCCCUGGCUGCAAGUGAACCAGUGUCUCCGUGCCCAGCCUGCACUGUGGAAUAAGCACAGGCUCCAGGAUCAACCCGAGUUGCUGUCUGUUUGAUGCCAUCCAGGAGACCUAAACUUUUCUAUCACCACCACCACCACCACCACCACCACCAUGGAAGCCUCUUGGUUCUUGACAGUCUAUGAAACAGACAUUCCAGAUGCCAAUGACUCUAGCAUGGAGCCAUAAAACCCAGAGUAGCAGGCAGAAGAGACAAGUUUCUCCUGCCACGGAGAGACAGUGCUGUGUGAAGGAGAAGUGUCUCCUCCUUGGCCUGUGCUACAUUGAACUACCCUGCUCCAGGGUUGUUGUCCCAUGUUUCUGCUACCAUUUUGUGAUUGCCCAUUCUGGGAAGUUGGCAGCAAAUCUCUAAUUCAAGCAGAUGGUCUGGAGUGCUUUUCCAUUUUAAGUAUGUGAAUGUGAAGCGGGCGAUUCUGAAUGGCACAGUGGCUGCCCUAUGAAGAUUUCCCUUCAGGAUGCUUGAUAGGGACGUUCUGACGAGCAUUUGAGUGUUUAUAGGCUAUGCUGUAGUUAAAGGGACACUUCUUUUUGAUGUAGCAGGUGCCUGUCGAGGUUUCUCUGUGUCUCCAUGUAAGGUACAUCAAAGUGUACAUGCACAACUAACUCUUCACCAGGGAUCAUAUGAUGACUGCCUGAGCCACCAGGUCUCCAGAGCUUAAGGUGGAGUGGAGGACAACAGUGGGCCUUGGGUUAACACGCUGAGGUUCUACAUUAUUCGGCAUUUUGUGAGUUGUGUGUGGGGUGCAGUCUGUUGCUAGCCAGUCUCUAAGACUCCAUUACUUACAAGCUGCAGCCACUGGCACUCCUUGUCCAGGUCUCACUGGUCCUCCCUGCUCUAAGUCUUUCGUGCACAUGGUGGUUCAAAAAGAUAAUGGGGUGAAAAAGAGCAAUAAUUAUGUCUACAUUUUAUUUACUUGAAAAAGCCAUCUGCCAUGAUGAUGGAUCAAAAUGAGGCCUUUUAAUCCAUAAGCCAACUUUUAAAAGAAGCUGAUGUGUGCUGGACAUCAGCUAGGUGUAUCUUUACUAUGCUAUGUAAAGAUAUUGUGAAGAUGUUCUCUCAUUUGACUUUGCCCAGGUUUCUAGUUCCUUCCUCUUUGCUCUUCUCAAAAUAAAGAUCCAGUGGAGGACAGAUGGCAGACGUUGGAUUAAUCUGUGUAGACCUGUCUGCUCAAGAUCUGGCUGUGGAGCUGCUGACACCGAAGAGCACGUGCUUGUGGGUAUUGGUUGGCAGAGCUCUUCUGGCCUUCCCGCAGACCUGUCUAAGUAUGCUCAGAGCUCUACAUGCCUGGCUUCUUACUAUUAUUUGGAAUUUCUGCCUGUGUCCUAUGUUUAAUUAGGAAAUGACCUAUUGUGACUUGCUCUGGCCAUCCCUCCCCCAUGUCACAAGACUCAGCUUGUUUUGAUUUUCUUAAGGUUUGGGCUAGAAACAAAAACAAAGAUUUUUCUUAAAGCAAUUUUCUCUAAAGCUGCUUUGAGACUUUUCCUCAUAGGUGGAAAGAUCAUGGAAUCAGCUGCUUCCUUCAGGUCUUCCAGGACAGGGCUGGGUUGAGAAUCGUGGAACGGCCCUGCUUGACCAUUUGUUAUGACUAUACCAUAACAAUACAUUUUUAAUUGACUUUGUUAGUACUUUCAUAGAAUACUAUGUUCUUCAUGAAUUGUUACUGAUGUAAAUGUACAAAUAUUGACACCACGUGUCAUUCCUUGUCCUGGAUAAUUCCUCCUGAGUUUAUGUCAUUGUCUGGUCUGUUGUAAACAGAACACUGGAUUGACCUUCUGAGCCAGCUAGCUGCUUACUCACUGCACGCAUAGUUAAAAGAUAUACACAUUUCUAAUUUCAAAAAUAGUUCUAGGAGCUACAGAGAUGGCCGAGUGGUUAUGUUUCUUGCUGAGGACCCAAGUUCAGUUCCCAGAACUCAUGUAGAGUGUUUCACCAACUUCCUAUAACUUCAGCAUUAGGGAUUCUAAUGCCUCUGGCUUCUCUGGGCAUCUGCACACUGGCUUGUGUAUGAACACACACACAUAUACACACACACAUAUAUCUUAAAAAUAAGUACAUUUGCUAGGGGAGGUGGUGCAAGCCUUUAAUCCCAGCACUUGGGAAUCAGAGGCAUGUGGAUCUCUGAGUUUGAGGGCAGUCUGGACUACAGAACAAGUUCCAGGACAGCCAGGGCAACACAGAGAAAAGCCUGUCUUGAAAAACCAGAUAAAUAGAUAAAUAAAAUUUAAAAACGUCCAUGAUUUGGGGUAUACCUUAGUGGCACAUCACUGGCAUGUAUUGUGAAGCUCUUGGGUUGAUCACCAGCAGCAGAUGUGGGACAGAAAGAUAAAGGGGAGACAACAAAAAUAACCCCAAAACUUCUAAUACUAAAAGACAAGGAAACGUUUUUGUUUUUUGGGUUUUUUUGUUUUUUUUUUGUUUGGUUGGUUUUUUUUUUUUUUUUUUGGUUUUUCAAGACAGGGUUUCUCUGUAUAGUCCUGGCUGUCCUGGAACUCACUUUGUAGACCAGGCUGGCCUCGAACUCAGAAAUCCGCCUGUCUCUGCCUCCCAAGUGCUGGGAUUAAAGGCGUGCGCCACCACUGCCCGGCCGGAAAGUAUUUUUUUAAUUCAUUGUUUUGCCUGCAUGUGUGUCUUUAUGAGGGUGUUGGAUCCCCUGAAAUUGGAGUUACAGAUAAUUAUGAGCUGCCAUGUUGCUCCUGGGAAUUGAAUUCGGGUCGUCUUGAAGAUCAGCCAUCUUACCAGCUCCUGUUUUGUUUGUUUUUAAACCCGAUCAUGAUGGCACAUACAUAUAAUCUUAGUAAUUUGGAAGCAUAAGAGUGCAUAGUGGUUCAAGGCCAGCUUGGGCUACAUAUUGAGACCAAGUUUCAAAAAAAUGUUUAUGAUCACAAUUUCUCAAAUAUUAGGAUUAUCAUCUGUCUUCAGAUGGUGGUUCACACUUUUAAUCCCAGCACUUAGGAGGCAGAGGCAGGUGAUUCUCUGUGAGUUUGAGGCUAGACUGGUCUACAAAGCCAAAUCCAGGACCCCCAGGGCUCUGUUACACAGAAAAACCUUGUCUCAAGAAAAGUAAAAAUGAUGAGUCAGAGGAGAUUAAAGAGAAUUAAAGCUGUUCAAGGGAUUCGGCCAAGUAAACUUUACUUUGUGCCUUAAAAACAGCACAAAACAAGUGGCUUUGUGAUCCUGCUCUCAGAUGAUCACUUUGCUCAGUGAUAAUAACAGAUGCUCAGCACAGCCUCCUGUCACAUCUGUCCAAGUGAUGUCUUCUUUUUUUUUUUGUUGUUUUUUUUUGUUUUUUUUUUUUGUUUUUGGAGACAGGGUUUCUCUGUGUAGCCAUGGCUGUCCUGGAACUCACUUUGUAGACCAGGCUGGCCUCGAACUCAGAAAUCCACCUGCCUCUGUCUCCCGAGUGCUAGGAUUAAAGGCGUGCGCCACCACCGCCCAGCAAGUGAUGUCUUCUUAACAUUGGAAAGGGGUAAAGAAAGAUGUUAGUACAGAUGGGAAACAAUGCCGGCUCCUCCUGAGAUUGCAUUUACCUAUGUAACCCAUAGUGUCCUUGAACUCUAGAUUCUUCUAAGUCAUCGUUCUCAGGACUGAGAUUACAAGUACGUGUCACCACUUCUGACUCCUGCCUUUGAACAUCAAUCUUUUGUUUUUUCUUAACACGUAAAUAUUGAUCUCCCUGUGAGGCGGCCUCUUCAUCUCUUCAUUCUCCCACCCUUCGUUUAUUAUGCUAGGCAUAGUACUCAGGGCUUCAGGAAUGCUAGGCUGCUAUUCUUUCUCUGAGACAUGGCCUCCAGCCUGUUUUUCUUAGUUUAUCAAUGCCUUUGCUCUCCCCAUGAAUUAGAACAGGACAUGCUGAUUGUGGACAAAUAGUAUCCACCACAAUUAGAGUGUAGUAGGUUUUAACUUCAGUGUCUCUGAAGUACGUUUUCCUGGGUACUCUGAUCCUGACUUUGCCAGCUGCUGGACCCUUCCUAAUAUGUCCAAGUUUAGUUUGAAUUAAAUCAAGUUGGCUAGUUGUGUGUUUGUGGGGUUUUUGUUUGUUUUUACUUUUCAUUUCUGGGACUCAAGCUGCAUACUAAAUUCAUUUGUAAUGUCUGGACUUAAUAAUAAUGUAAUUGUGAGUAUGUUCGUUCAAUGUUCGUUCAAUGUUGGCACUUUGGAAAAGGCCACAGUUUAGGGUGGACAAUUGUCUGCAUCAAAGCCAAGUCAUAUUUGCUUUAUACCAAACAAUACUAGAGAAUUAAAACACAUCAUAAAAUGUACACUGUUUUGUAUUUCACCUCUUUCAGUAUUUAAAUAAUUAUAUUAAUGCCUCCUAGAAAAGAAUUCUGUUAGAUAAUUCAGUGAUUCCUGAAAUAAAUUGGUAUUGUGUAAUUAA